AUGUGUCAGGGCAAACCAAAGAGGACCAUCCGAGUUGCCCAGGCUAUACCAACGGUAAAAGAUUAUUGGAGAGUGAAAAAACUCUUCUGCUAUCUCAAAGGUCUAUUCAAAAUGCAAGUCGAUCAAACGGAUGGAGCCCCGAAAAGAAGAGUGAGGGAUACGCGUGUUCUCGAAUGGCGCAGAACAACCACAUCAAUUUUUGCGCCCCACGGGGUCCCCGAACGAACGGACUGCAGAUCAAGGGAGGAUCCUGCAACGGCAUUCGUAAGUGUUACUCAACCAUCCUUGGAUGCUGAGAAUAUCGGCCAUGACCCUCAUAUACUAAUGUUAUUAUCAGCUAUGGGUGCCAUUCCAUCGAUCGACAAUAUGGUUUCCUCCAUCGUCCUGAGUCCCGCCCCAGAUGACAUCGUCAAAGUCAACAAACCAAUCGAAUUCAGGAUCCGGGUUACAAACCUUGCAACAGGUUACUUCACAAAUCCCGCUGAGACAUAUUUCGCAGCACCACAGCUCGUAAAUGAAAAAGGCCUCAUUGAAGGUCACCUACAUGUCACGGUCCAGUUUUUGGGAGACAAAAUCAACCCGCAGACACCUCUCAAUGCGAGCAAUCCGAUAUGGUUCAAGGGCAUUAGAAACAAGGCUGAUGGAGAUGGGAUUCUCUCCGCGACGCUGGACAAAGGUCUUGAGAAGCCGGGCUUCUACCGAGUUUGUACAAUGGCCGCCGCAGCCAAUCAUCAGCCUGUCCUUAUGCCGAUUGCUGCACGUGGCGCUCAAGACGACUGUACAAAAUUCAGAGUAAAGUGGUAG